CAGUUAUAGCCAAGGUGGAGGAUGGGAGCAGCAUGGAACUGUCCCAGCUCCUCAAUGAGAUCAGGGCAAACUAUGAAACGCUCAUCACCCGAAGUCAGAUAGAGACCGUCCUCUCAGCAGGGACCCAGCUAGAAGCAGCAGCUAGUGAGAGAAUGAACAAAGACGAAGAAGUCCUAAAGGCAGCCAGGGAAGAGUUAAACGAAGCGAGACGUCAGUGGCAUCACAUGCAGAUGGAAAUUGACUCUCUCCAUGCUGUGGAAAAGGGUCUGGAACGUUCUCUUCGUACCACUGAACGGCAGUACCAAAAACAGCUAAAGCAUCUAGAAACAGAGAUUGAAGGUCUGGAGAAAGAGCUACAAGAUGUUCGGCAGGGAAUUGAUAAACAGCUUCAGCAACAUGAAAUAUUACUAAACACUAAGAUGAAGCUUGAGCAAGAAAUAGCUACAUACCGCAAUCUGCUGCAGCAGGAAGAGGAAAGGUUUCAUUGUUCUGCACGCCAAGAAAGAAAAGAUGACAAAAAGCCUACCACCAGCAGAAUAGCAUUUAUCUUGCCUUCACCAAGUGAGUUAAAGAAGCAUGAGAUUGAAAAAGUGGAAAUACUGACGACACAAGCCAUCCUAAAUGUUGCAAAGGAGAGUGCAGAAGCACAUGGCACAGUACAGACAGAAAAAGUCGAUGAAGUUAUUAAAGAAUGGGAAGGCUCUUUCUUUAAGGACAACCCUCGCUUAAGGAAAAAAUCAGUUUCACUGCGUUUUGAUCUCCACCUGGCAGCCACAGAUGAAGGUUGUUUACAGACUAAACAGAAAAGCGUGCCUGAUAUUGAAGUGAGAUUGGUCAUGAGGAGGUCUUGUAGCAUCCCAUCCAUCAAAACUUAA